CCACCUUCGUCAGCUCCAGAGCCAGCUGAGAGCGGCAGAAGUUUUGUCAUCUCUCCAACUGCGGGGUCUCUGCAGCGGCAGACUUGGAGCAAUUGGACGAACUGAACGACAAUCACCCUGGCCGACUGAACAUGACUGGACUCUCAAACAAUUUCGAGUAGGAACCUUGCUCGCCGGAAUCCCUCAGCUCAGUACCAUAUUGUCGAGAUUCUACCCCGUAUACGCUGCUGACUUGGUUAUCCUAUUUGCACCUCAUACUACUCUUAACAAUCCUCAACCAGCGACUAAAUGGCUGAAUUGGGAAAUGCAGAGUACACGCUCUAUUCCUCCCCUUUCUCCCUCUACUCUAUGAUGUCCCGCCACACCAUCCAGCUUGGCCCUACGACGCAUGACGCCAGGCCGCCCAAAAAGAUCACACUUAGCUUCGUCAACCACCGCAAGAACGAGAAUCUGAAGGAGGACUACCUCGUCAGGGUGAACCCCAAAGGCCAGGUCCCUGCCAUGACCGGCAACAUUCUUGAGCAGCCACUUACCGACAGUAUCUCCAUCUCGCUCUAUCUGGCUGUGAAGCACUACCCGGCCAUGCUGCCGGCAGAACAUGCCGUCGUCAUCAGAGGCCUCCUCGAGAGGAUCCAUGCCAUCUAUGGCCUGUCGUUCAGCAACAAGAACCCGACACCGGAGAUGAUGCAGUAUAACCCUUCACCCGUGGAGGAUCUUCUUAAGAGAACUGAUCUCAGCCCGGGAUACCGCAAGGCUCUCGAGGCCAAGCUCGAAUUCCACAACAAGACCAACGCUGUAGCCUUCCAGCCAGCCGUCGUGGCCAAAGCCCGCGCAGACCUGCAGGCCAUUUUUGCGGAGAUCAUAGAGCACCGUAAGCAAAGCGGUGCUUCCGAAGAAGACUGGACCUUUGGGACCCGGGUAGGUCCCACUGUGCUCGACAGCCAUCUCCUUCCGCUUGUGCUGCGCUGCAUCGAGGCCGGCAAUGGCGAGUUCGUUCCCCAGGAGCUGCAGCGCUGGGCCGAGAUCAAGGCAAACAGUCCCGGGUGGCAGAAGGUCAUGCACGGCAGGCCAACAAGGUAUGACCCUUCGAUGGGCCCUGUUGAGGAUAUGAAGGAGAUGAUGUCCCUGUGAGACUCAUUGUGAGAUGGCUCAUCAUUUUCUUGAGAGUAAAUGGGGUAAACCUUUGAGUAGGUAUCUAUCAUAGUUAAGAUUUAAUAUUAUAUCAACCUUCCCACAACUAUAGAGUAGCAUGGAGUAAGGAGCCUUCUCAUAGUUCAGCAUUCCCAAUUGUGACUCCGUAAACAUAGUCCACAUGCUUUAUAGUGCCCAUUCUAUAAGCAAUCAUCAUCACCAUCUCUUAUCUCCGUGGGCCGCUGUCACGUGGUUAACACUCCAGAAGAAUGAUAAUUGCAUUGCACGUGGAUACGAAAACAAAGCGACUGCCAGUCCAGUUAACUGACCCAUCCUUC